UGGAAGUAGAAUUUUGAGGUAAGCUCAAAAUUGUUGCGUUUGGAAUCGACAUGAUCAUGAUGGUCGCAAAAGUUGCAGUGUUGUGGAUGUGGUUUGCGGUUCGCCUGACGUCAUUCGCGUAUAACACCCCACAAAAAGAUUUCCAGGCCCGACUUGUAAACGGCAGAUAUUUACACCAAGGUCGAGUUGAGGUCAACAUCGAUGGUGACUGGGGGUUAGUGUGCACCCACGAAUGGGAGAUGGUAGACGCUAAUGUCUUGUGUCGACAGUUGGGAUUCCCCGGUGCCAAGCUCGCCAUGAUCAACGCCGAGGGGGGCGGUCCGGGAUUGCUUGACCUGGUGGAUUGCGACGGCUGGGAGAGUAAUCUUGGAGAGUGUCAUUAUCGUGCGGGAUCAUGGGAUUGCGAAGAUGAGGCGAUGGCAAGAUGCCAAGAAGCUGCUUUACCAGUCCGUAUUAGUAACGGGGUGGAAAUUCAAUACGACAGUCACUGGAUCCCCGUUUGCCACGGACCUAGCGCAAUAGCUACAGCCCAGGUGGUGUGUCGACAGCUAGGCUACCGGUACGCCGUCAGGGUAAAGGGACAUCACCGUGAGAAAUCAGGCGACGAGGAUGCAAAGGACUCCCUGGCUUUGGACUUCUCUUGCAGUGGAGAGGAGGAACACUUGGGGCUGUGUCUGACAGACGGGCCCAUGAUCGGCGAUUGCAGUGUGGCCGCUGAGGUUAACUGCAGUAACACAAAUGAUGUUAAACCAGGAGAUAUCACUCGUCUCUCGGAGGUUGACGUCAGCGAUACUGGAAUUCUGCAAGUCAAAUAUGCGGGUGACUGGUGGAGGAUUUGCUUCGAGGGAGUUGACAUGACAGUUGCCCAAUUGGUUUGUCACCAGCUAGGCUUCGUGGAUGCCGUAACGGUUCGCGCCGUUUCUGUUUACGAUAAAGACUCUUCAAAGAUCCCAAGACAAGGGCAGUUUGGAAGUUUAGAGUGUCUUGGAACAGAGAGAACGCUCACAGAAUGCAAAUUUAAUCUCAGCAAGGACUAUGAGUGCUCGUCAAAGAGUUUGGCAGAAGUCAGCUGCAGUGAUAGCAUGGUAACUCCACUGCCCGAUUUCCAGAUCCGUUUAGUCGGUGGGGUAUUCCCAUACGAAGGGAGGGUGGAGAUCUCGUACGGCGGCCAGUGGGGGACUGUCUGCGAUGACCACUGGGGAUAUGCCGAUGCACACGUCGUCUGCAAGCAACUUGGUUUUCACACGGCCGAGGCUAUCUCUACAACUGCCUACUUCGGCGAGGGCGAUGGACCCAUUUUAUUGGACGAUGUCAUGUGUGCCGGGAACGAGACCAGUAUUAUAAACUGUCGUCAUGCUGGGAUCGGCGAGCACAACUGUAAACAUAAUGAGGACGCCGGGGUCCGAUGCUAUGAAAAUAAGACGCAGCUUGAGACGUUGUCACCCGGCAUUCAAGAUUCCUUUCUACCAUUCAUCGUCAUCCUCAUCAAUGGCCUGAUUGCGCUCCUUAUCCUCGUCGGCUGCCUCGUCUACUGCUACUUGAAGAUCUGGGAUCGCUACACGGGCCACACCCGCCGCGCCCACCUCCACCGCACCCAAGAUGCGAGCACGCAAGGCGUAACCCGCGCCAACGACGUCCCUAUGGAAUACACGGAGGAACCACCCGCUUAUCACACCGUCCACGAAAAUCGAGAUGUGUACAUCACACAGCGGUCUGAAACCCCGCCUCCCGAGUACAGCGAGGCAAUGAAGCUUCAGGCGGAUACCUGUGUCUAACUCAGGAUAUAUAUUUUUGCAAUAUUUUUUUAAGUUUUCUUUGUUUAUUUUAUGUUUAUUUUAUGUUUCGUUAAGGUUAAUUUAGUAAUUUAUUUUUGUUCUAAUCCACAAGUGUCGCUUGAACUGGGAGUUUAAGAAAGGUGUAUUUGCUUUUGUCAAAGGUGCUAACGUGUGAAGUAAAAAAGUGUUUUGUUGAAGGUUAAUUUACUUAUUUUUGGUUAUAAUUUAGACUUGCAUAUUAAUAAAUGAGAUCAUAGCUGGCGA